AUGGCUUCAUUAUGGAAAAGAAAAAGGCAGCUAGUAAGGUUUAACCGUGAUUCCAGUGGCAGCUAUAAAGCUGAUGAGGACCGUAGUGCAAUUUACCAGAGAUGCUGGUUAGUAUUCAAAAAAGCUUCAAGCAAAGGGCCAAAGAGGCUGGAGAAAUUCUCAGAUGAACGAGCUGCUUACUUUAGGUGCUAUCACAAGGUCACAGAGCUCAAUAAUGUGAAGAAUAUAUUGCGAAUGCCAAAAAGCACAAAGAAGCAUGCUGUUGGGAUUUAUUUUAGUGAUGACACCUCCAAAACCUUUGCUUGUGAGUCAGAACUUGAGGCAGAUGAGUGGUGCAAGGUGCUGCAGAUGGAGUGCCUUGGAACACGAAUUAAUGACAUUAGCCUUGGAGAGCCUGACUUGUUGGCAUCUGGAGUAGAGAGGGAGCAGAGUGAGAGAUUCAAUGUGUAUUUGAUGCCAUCCCCUAAUUUAGAUGUGCAUGGGGAAUGUACCUUGCAGAUAACAUUUGAGAAUAUCUGUCUUUGGGACAUCCAGAAUCCCAGAGUAAAACUCAUCUCUUGGCCAUUAAGUGCCCUCCGACGCUACGGGCGGGACCCAUCUUGGUUCACGUUUGAAGCGGGGAGGAUGUGUGACACAGGAGAAGGACUAUUCAUAUUUCAGACCAGAGAUGGGGAAGCGAUCUAUCAGAAGGUGCACUCGGCUGCUUUGGCCAUAGCAGAACAACACGAGCGCUUGUUGCAGAGUGUGAAAAAUUCAAUGCUGCUUGAGUUAAAACUCCCCUCCGGGGAAGCAGUGCUAGCCCAGGACCGGGGGAGCACCAAGCUUCAGAUGAAAAUGAGCGAGCGAGCCGUGUCCCUCAGCACCAUGGUGCCCUUGCCCCGCAGUGCCUACUGGCAGCACAUCACGCGACAGCACAGCACUGGCCAGCUCUACGGUCUGCAAGAUGUUUCCAGCCCAGUGAAGCUUCAUCGCACAGACACUUUUCCAACCUACAGGUCAGACCAUCGGUAA